UUAAGGCUCUCUCAUUCUCUUACUCAUCUCUAUCUCUCUGUCUUUCUCCUCCUCCUUUUCACACCCCAAAAAAAAAAUGUAUCCAAAGCCUGAUGAGUACUACGCAACCGCACCGCCGGUGAUGGCGCCGCCGCCGGCCGCAUCACACUACUAUCCUCCCCCACCAGGUGGACAGUACUACAAUCCAUCAUCAAUGCCUCCACCUCCUAUAGGGAUGCAGGCCGCUCAUGGACCGGUGCCAUGGUCCACCGGCCUCUGCGACUGCUCAGAUGAUUGCGGCAACUGUUGCAUGACUUGUUUCUGCCCGUGCGUCACCUUCGGCCGCAUCGCUGAGAUCGUCGACAGGGGAUCUACAUCUUGCGGGGCAGCAGGAACUCUUUAUACGUUACUGGGAUGUCUAACUUGCUGUCAGUGUAUAUAUUCGUGCUUCAAUAGAAAGAAGAUGAGGGCUCAGUACAGGCUUGCCGAAGAGCCAUGCAACGACUGCUGUGUUCAUUGCUGUUGCGAGUUCUUUGCGCUUUGCCAGGAGUACAGAGAGCUCAAGAAUCGUGGCUUUGAUAUGACUAUAGGAUGGCAGUUGAACGUAGAACGGCAAACGCGUGGGACAAUGACAAUGCCGCCAAUGGUGCCUGGCACCAUGAUGCGUUGAAUUUCAAAGAUAACACAGAGAUCUCUAGCUUAACCACAUUGGUUUUUCCGAUCGGGAUGACGGAAUCAUGAGAUUUUGAUCGAGUCUAAUUCCAUCCCCAACUUCUGUAUUAAACAAUAUUUUUCUGACCUCUGGAUUGCUUUGACCACUUGUAUCAGCUGAACUAUUCUUGUUUCAUAUGAUUGAUGUAGUACUAUUA